UUGCCCUAGGGGUAAUUAGUGUCCUUGGAGUUAAAUAAGCUAAAACUUAGACACCUCUGGCACAGGCAAUUAUGUUUGUGUAUUGAAUAAUUGAUUCGGGGGCUGCUAAUCAGAUAUGAGCAUAAUGAAUUGAUUUAAUUAACCAGGGAACCUGAGGAAUACUGGGAAAUGUGUGCAUUUAUUCGCCAGCUAGGGACCCUAAAGGGUACAGAACCACAUAAAUUGGAGGAAAAAGCUGUUGGUCGCUGUUUGCCGGCUUUUGAGAGCGGCUGAGUGUGAUUUUUCUUUCUAGGUACCGGUUGUUGAAGGUGUGGGGCUGCUGUGUUUUACAUUAACCGAGGGGGGGGCAACAAAAAAAAGGGUCGGUUGUCACCACUUCUUUCGAUCUUCAAAGGCAGAAGAUUGUCAGCAGUUCAGCCAGCGACUCUCGUUCGCUGGAGAAGCCGAGGAGGGAGCGCCGUGCCCCGGACUCCGCUGCGUCCAGAGGACGAUGGUACUUGACAAGGAGGAAGGGGUUUGUGUCUCGUGAAAUGAAACCCGGCAAAAUAACAGCGGCGAUGGAAGCGGUGUACCAAUGCUUUCUGUACAACCAAAAGGAAAGCAGAAAGGUUGUGCUGGCUGCAAUCGCAAGAUCAAGGAUCGUUACCUGCUAAAGGCAUUGGACAAAUACUGGCACGAAGACUGUCUAAAAUGCGCCUGUUGUGACUGCCGCCUUGGAGAAGUUGGAUCAACGCUCUACACAAAAGCAAACCUAAUUCUCUGUCGUAGAGACUAUUUAAGGCUUUUUGGUACCACAGGAAAUUGUGCAGCAUGCAGUAAACUGAUCCCUGCUUUUGAGAUGGUGAUGAGGGCCCGUGAAAAUGUCUACCACUUGGACUGUUUUGCCUGUCAGCUCUGUAAUCAGAGGUUUUGUGUGGGUGACAAAUUUUUUCUGAAGAAUAACAUGAUCCUCUGCCAAAUGGACUAUGAGGAAGGGGCAAUGAAUGGAAGCUUCUCAUCACAAGUUCAAUGACUUGCCCAUGGCCUUCUAAAGUGUUGUGGGAUGUUCAACACUUAAACAAAAAUGGAGAGCAUCUGUCAGCUUGCUUGCAACACUUCAAUUAGUCCAGAAUGGAUUAAAGUAACUUUCUCCAACACUGAGCAGUUAAGAUUUUAGAUGCACAGCUGUGCUGUUUAGCUGGGCAGUGCUUUGCCUGUAUGUUUUGUGAUGUUGGGUCUGGGAGGGUAUGUACAGUGUUUCUGUAUAUAUAAACUGGAACAUUUAUUUUACAUAAAUGUAAUGCAAUUUUAUUAUUACUGGUGUGCAUUAAAGAAAAUUAAAUGUU